CGUUCGACAUCCCACCAUUUCCCCGCUCUCUUUCAAUUCUCUGUACAGAGAGAGAGAGAGAGAGAGAGGGGAGAGGAAAGGAAAGGAGAGGAGAGGAGAGGAGAGAGAGAGCGCUGUAGAGUGUGUUAGACCGACCGAGAGCGAGAGCGAGGGAAAAUCGCGGUCUCGCGAUGUCGGCCACUGAAGGCUUCUUCGUUCUCGGCUCAGAGAGCAGCCUCGCUGGAGAGAAACCUAAAGUAGCAAAAACAGCAAAGAGCUCUUUUGGAAGUGCAGCAAGGAAGAAGCUUGGUGACAUAAGCAACUUGCCGCAGCGGCCUCAAUCAUUGGUCCAACAUGAGAAGGAAAAGUUUGUGCCAAAUUUUACUAAAGAGUAUAUUGAGCAACUCCAGAAGGAAAAUGCGGCGCUGGUGAAGCUUUUAGCGGAUAGAAAUAAAAUCAUUGAAUUAAGCGGAUUUGAGUUACAGAAACUCAGAAUCAACUUGCAGAAAAUGCAGCAACAGAAUAUGCAUCUUGCACAAGCAAAUAACCAGAUGCUAGUGGAACUUAAUUCUGGUAAAGAUAGGCUCAAAGCACUACAGCACGAACUUGGAUGCAGAAAUGGUUUGCUGAAAGCGAGAGAAUUGGAACUAGAGGAGACUGCGAAAAUGACAGCAUGCCAAGAAAUGGAUAAUCAGGUCCACAAGAAAGACAUUUUUUGGGCGGGAACUAGCAAGUCCGAGGAGGACAGGGAAUCCUCAGAACCAGAUAGAGAUGAUAAUAAACAAUGCAACAAGAAUAAGAAGCAGCAAUCAAAGAGUUUGAGCCUUGCUACUGUAAAGCAAAAUCAGUUAAAGGAGAAAACUGGAAACAAAAGCAGUGUUUCUUUAAGAAGGCAAUCUGCCAGAUUUAAAUCUGAAGAACCAGAGCCUACUGAAGACAAAUUUGAGGUCCGAGCUAGCACAUCUGAGGAGGCAAGGGAAUCCUUGGAACCUGAUAGAGAUGAUAAGAAGCAGAAAUCAAAGUGUUUGAUCCCUUCCACUCUUAGACCAGUUCAAUUGGGGGAAAAAACUGGAAACAAAAGGGUCUCUUUGAGAAGGCAAUCUGCUAGGUUCAAGUCUGAAGAGCCAGAGGACGCUGAAGACAAAUUUGAGGCGGACGAUGCUAAAUUGCCUGAAUGUUCUCUUUAUGAUGAUCAAAUCCCGGAAGAUGGUCCAGCUUCCAUGCGUUCGUCGGCACUAAAAGAUGAUGGAGGAUGCCGUAGCGGCCCAAAUGGUGAUGAUGCUAAGGAACUUCGGAGGCCAUCUAUUGGGAGGCCCUCGCGUCUAGCAGCCACAAAGGUUCAGUCUUACAAGGAAAUUCCACUUAAAGUGAAAAUGCGGAGACCUGAGUGAUUGAAAUCUUUUGUAGGCCAACCGUAUGCACUUUGGGCCGGUAGCACAGGAGGCUGAAUCCAAACCCUUGGCUUGUUGUCGUUGAUAGCCUUGCUUGGUUCUUUUGUGAUUAUAGUACUGAGAGUGUGGAGUCGAACUCUUAUCUGUUGACUGAUUUCUUUUCCCUUCGAAAUCAUCGUUAGACUUGUACGAAACCCACAGUUAUUUCAUCUUCGGAUGACAACAAGAAAUACCGAAGUGGAUGAUUUUAUAUGAUCUGUAAUUCAUCAGAACUCUGGUUUAAUGGCUCGUAAUAUUGUAAUCGUGUGAUGAAUGAAAUGCUAGUAAACUUUCUCGAA